AUGGCGAUAUUGGGAUUUCAUGUUGUCGUUUGCCUUGUGGCAAUUACAAUGAUUUCAAAAUUGCUGAAUCGCUCCAGUUUUAUUCACAUUUUUGUGACUAAUGGGUGAGAAUUUUGGGGGAAAUUUGGUUUUUUUCAAGGGAAAAGCAUUGCUCAGAUUAGAUUAUUCAUGAAAUUUGGAAUUUUUAACGAAAAAUGGAGCAUUGCUCAGAUUAUAAAGAACAUGAAUUAAGGAAUUUUUAAAGCUUUCAAAUAAAAUCCCAUUGCUCAUGUUAGAAAAAUCCAAUAAUAUUUUUGUUGCAGACUUUAUCGAUUUAUGGCACCGUCAAAUAGUGAACUCAAAUCAUUGAUGCCACCAACAAAAGAAAAAAUGAGCCAAAGAAAUCGAAGAAAAAGAGGUGAGCUAAAGGAUUUGGGAAUUUUUGGACUAAAAAUUCGAAAGAAUUGUGAAAUUUUGAACAAGAAAAAUUAAAAUUGGAAAAUUUUUGAUGAAAUUUUCGGCUAGAAAUUCAAAUCUGAAAUUAUCUGGAUUUGCAGCUGAAAAUUCGAAUUUUUCAUUAUUUUUCAUCUCAGGAACUUCGGAAAAUUUAAAUUUCAACAAAAAAUUACUGUUUCAAAAUUUUGAUAAUAAAUUUUUUUUGAAAUUUUCUUAUUAGACAUUUUAUCUUCACACACAUUCAUAAAAUUUCCCGAUAUUUUCAAAAUUUACAGAAUUUUCGGCUGGAAAUCUGAAAUUAUCUGGAUUUGCAGCUGAAAAUUCGAAUUUUUUAUUAUUUUUCAUCCCAGAAAACUCGGAAAAUAAAAAAAUUAAAAUUUGAAUUUCAACACAAAAAAUUACUGUUUCAAAAUUUUGAUAAUAAUUUUUUUUUUUGGAAUUUUUUUAUUGAAGCGUUGAUGUAUCCUUUACACACAUUCAUAAAAUCUCUCGAUUUUUUCGAAAUUUACAGAAUUUUCGGCUAGAAAUCUGAAAUUAUCUGGAUUUGCAGCUGAAAAUUCGAAUUUUGUAUCCCAGGAACCUCAGAAAAUUUAGAAAAAAAAUUAAAAUUUCAAUUUCAACAAAAAAUUACGUUUCAAAAUUUUGAUAAUAAAUUUUUUAUUCAUAAAAUUCCCCGAUUUUUUCGAAAAUUACAGAAUUUUUGGCUAGAAAUCUGAAAUUAUCGGGAUUUGCAGCUGAAAAUUCUGAUUUAUAAUCAUUUUUCAUCACAGAAACCUCGGAAAAGGAAAAAAAUUAAAAUUUCAAUUUCAACAAAAAUUUACUGUUUCAAAAUUUUGAUAAUAAAUUUUUUUGAAAAUUUUUUAUUAUUCAAGUUUCGUUUCGACAAUUUUUCAAAAACUCCCAAAAUGUAUCGAUUUUUGUUGCAGAGAAGAAGAAGAAGCCGAAGGAUUCAAUGUUCCGAAAUCCUCACCAUUUCAACUGAAAUUAAUUGAAGUUGAUGUUCGAGAUUUGGUGAAUUUUGAGAUGUAUACUUCACUUCAUUGGUUAACACUUUGUGUGCCAAUUUGUUUGAUUGUGAGUUUUUUUAGCUGAAAAAAAUGAAAUUUAGGUUGAAAAACUGGUUUUUUCACGUUUUCUUGGCUGAAAAUCGACAAUUUUCAGACCUUCUCACUGUCUGAAAUCUACAACUAUGCUCUUCCCGAAAACAAGGAUUUCAAUGUGUCAAUUGUGUUCCUUUUGGUCGUUUUGGGCUUUAUUUUACAAAUGUUGACAGCGUUGACUUCAUAUUUGGCAUCGAAUGUUGAAGAACGCGGAUUUAUGUUGUCAAUUGGAGCCGUCUAUUUUUUGUUCUCAUUUAUUUUCACCAUGAAUGUACAUCGUGUUUUUGAUAUUCAAAUGCUUGAAGGUAAGGAAUUUUUGGGGCGAAAAUUUGCGAUUUUUUGAUACCAAAUAUAGCUCGGAUUGCCUUGGAUUUUCCAAAAAACUCGAUUUUUUCAUAUAAAAAUUUUUUGAAACAGUGAACAUUUUUUUUUUGCGAAAAAUUGGAUUUUGAGUGAAAUUUUGAGCUCUGAAAAUUCAAAAAAAAAACAUUUUUGGCGCCAAAUUUUAAUAAAAAAAAUCCGCGGGAAAAUAUACGUUUCAAAUUUAUUAUAGGAGUUUUCGAAAAAUUUAUAAAAUUCAAGAAAAUUUCAAUUUUUGAACUGAAAAAUCUGAAAUUUUCAGCCAAAAAUAAAGGAUUGAAAAUUAACAGAAAACAAUAUUUUUUGAGAAAUUCAAAAUUGUCAGAUUUUUGGGAAGAAUCUUCCAAAAACCCAAAUUUUCAUAGAAAAAUUUUUGAAACAGUGAAAAUUGUUCCGGAAAAAUUGGAUUUUGAAAUUUUGAUAUUUAUAGAUAAAAUUUGAAUUUUCAGAAUUUUGUGAGCUUGAAAAAAAUUAUCUUGAAAAAUUUUGCUCCUAGACCUAGAAAAUCUCAAAAAUUAUUUUGCUAGAUGCUCAAAAAUCCCCACAAAAUGCUCCUAGACUUGAAAAAUCUUAAAAAUGCACCUAACAUGCCCAAAAAAAUGCCAAUAUUCUUCUAGCCUACGAUCUUCUCGGAAACAACAUUGCCGAAUUCAUCGAAAAAUCAGAAGUAUUCGAAAAUGGCACAUCAAUUCAAGAUUAUCGACCAACAAAUCCACUUAUGAUGUAUAUUUCAUUAUCGAUUUUCUUCUCAAUGUUAAGUGCAAUGCUGGUUUUUCCGAAUUUCCGAUGUGCACUGAUGUAUUUGAAAGCGCUUGAAAUGGAUGGAAAAAUUCGAAAGUGAGUUUUUUUGGGCCGAAAAAUGACCGAAAAUUCAAAAAUUUCAGCCUAAAAAAAUCUGAAAAUUCAAAAAUUUCAGCCUAAAAAAUCUGAAAUCUCAAAAUAUUCCAGACUCUUCGACCAUGCCGCAUUUCUUCUUCCCGCCUUCAUUUUGGCAUUCUUCUCCAAGCCAAUAGUUUAUCAAUUAGUAAGAGGACCACGAAAAAUGUUAGUUGGUUCCAGCGAUUUUUGGUUGAAAAUCCAUUUUUUCGCAGAUUAUCGGAAGAUCAAAUCGAUAUUUUGAGGAUUUAUUUGAUUUUGGGAUGGUUGUUGAGCAAAUUUUUGACACGUGUUUCGCAUUUACAGGUAUUUUUUAUUGAAUUUCUGGUAUUUUUUGACGUCGAAAAAUACAGAAAUUGUGAAUUUCUGGUAAUUUUGUGGCAAUUACAAGAAAUUACAAAAAAUUGAUUAUUUGAAUAUGUGGUAUUUUUUCAACGUCAGAGUUCAAUUUUACAUGAAAAUAAUGAAAUUUUCGAAUUUUUGGUAAUUUUGUGACGCCGAAAAAUACAAGAAAUUACAAAAAAUUUAUUAUUUGAAUUUCUGGUAUUUUUCAACGUCAGAGUUCAAUUUUAAAUGAAAAUAAUGAAAUUUUCGAAUUUUUGGUAAUUUUGUGGCACCGAAAAAUACAAGAAAUUACAAAAAUUGAAUUUAUCAAAUUUCUCGUAUUUUUCAACGUCAGAGUUCAAUUUUAAAUGAAAAUAAUGCAAUUUUCGAAUUUUUGGUAAUUUCGUGGAACCAAAAAAUACAAGAAAUUACAAAAAAUUUAUUAUUUGAAUUUCUGGUAUUUUUCAACGUCAGAGUUCAAUUUUACAUGAAAAAAAAAGAAAUUUUCGAAAUUUUGGUAAUUUCGUGGCACCGAAAAAUACAAGAAAUUACAAAAAAUUGAUUAUUUGAAUUUCUGGUAUUUUUCAACGUCAGAGUUCAAUUUUACAUGAAAAUAAUAAAAUUUUUGAAUUUUUGGUAAUUUUGUGGCACCGAAAAAUACAAAAAAUUGAUUAUUUGAAUUUCUGGUAUUUUUUAACGUCAGAGUUCAAUUUUACAUGAAAAUAAUGAAAUUUUCGAAUUUUUGGUAAUUUUGUGGCACCAAAAAUUACAAGAAAUUACAAAAAAUUGAAUUUUUCAGGCGCAUCUCAAUAUUUCCUACGAAAAAGUGGCGGAUUUGCGAAACGAGUCGGGAAAAGUGAAAAAUUACGAGAUUCAAGGACUUAUCACCCGCUAUUAUCGAUACAUUUGCUGCGCCGCAAUUCAGUAUUUUGGACCCAUUUUGUUGGCGCUGUUUUUUGCGCUUUUGCUCAAAGUUACUGGUGAGUUACUGUGGAUUUUGGGCGCGAAAAUUUGGAAUUUUUUGAGACUAAACAAGCUUAGGCUUAGAGCUACUGUAGAUCUGAAAUUUCAAAUUGACGCAUUUUUUCUGAAAUUUCAGAUUUUUUCGACUUUUUCCAAAAUUGUAAUGGAAAAACAUAGGAAAAAAUAAAAAAUAAACAAAAAAUUUAAAAAAAAACAAGAUAUAGGAAAAAAUAUAGUUUUUUGACAUUUUCAGUGAUUUGCUGAAUCGAUUUUUUUGUCACAAAAAAAAAUGUUUUUUAUUAUUUUUUUCGACUUGAAUCACCUCAUUUAAGAAACUCUCAAAAUCUACAAAAUUUCAGUUUUUGCCCUGAAAAUCCUCCAAAAAUCCCCCAAUUUUUUGUUGCAGCCAACAUUUCGUGGCUCGGUUUGCCGCCAAACUCGGAUCUCCCAACCGAUCUUCAAACUCUCGGCCCAAUUCGAUUCAUUUUCAACGCCGAAAUUUGUCGAGCCUUCUUCUCGUUUCUACUCGUCACAACUUUGCUCAUCAAUUUUUCGCUACAAUUUAUGGGUGUUGUUUAUCACACGUAUUUUGUUAAGGGUUAG